AUGGCCUAUCUAUACAUCGCGCUCAAAUCAAGCGUGAACGUUGGAAGGAAAAGGGGCUCAGGGACCAGGCCGGCGCCACCCAGCAUACUAAGUCAAAAGGCUCGAGAUCCAGUUAUCAAAUCUGAAGCCUCGCAUGGUGAUCUAGUGAGCGUUGGGUCGAGUUUGGAUGAGCACGUAGCUGAUGAUCUACCAGCUGAUGAUCUUCCACCCUCCCCACUGCCGGAAGCGGUGGAGCGAGAACUUGGCCGCUUUGUCGCUUUCCAGCCCUCUUCCCUUAACAUUGACAAGUCUCCAUCCAUAGAUCCUGCUCAUCCCAAAGACGACAACACCAUUGUUCCACUGACAUCCAGUCCUCCCAGAGAAUCGAUCUCAAGAAUGACCGGUUUCACGCCCUUCAGGAUCCAUGGUCCAUCAAGACGCAACCCGGUGAACUCGCGCCCGAAUCCUCUUGAGACGUUGAGCCAGCCCAACUUGACCAACUCCUCAUCUUCGAACCUUUCCCAGCCAUCGAACAACAUGCACUCACCAUCCCCCCAAGGACAGUCAAGCCAGGGGAUGGCCAGUUCUGCCCCAUCACCCGAUGGUUACCCGUCGAGCGUCAACUUGCCUGACUAUAGCCCCUCAGCUUCGGGCCAAAUCUCGAUCAAUAUCCCGACUCCGGACGCAACAAGCAUGGCAUCAAGCUCUUCGAUGCACCCGGGACCGCCGAGCCAGGGCUCAGUGUAUCGGUCACACCUCGGCGUGCCCCAGUCAUCGGUCGACUUUCACAGUGCCUUUCAGAUGAAGUUUUCUAGACCACUAGGCUACCCUACUGCCGCUUCCUUCGGGGCAUCGGGAAACAACGACACGGCCAGACUACCUUCUUACCCUUAUUGGAACCCCGCGGAUCUUGCUCAAGCUUCUGCGAACCAGGCUGCUUCAUCGUUGAAUUCGGGCGUUGCCAUUAAUCCAGCCGCCGGCCUGGCCCAGCCGGCUGCCAUCACACCAGCAAACCUAUCCGCAGAGGCAGAAGAACAUCCUGGUUAUGGUGGAUUUCGUUUUCCUGAUGGGGACAUUCUGAUCGGCUGUCGCACCGGCUUCACCUGGCAAGCUUAUUGCUCAGAUUUGUCCAAGGCAUCGCCGGUUCUUGCAGGAAUCAUUGGCAGCACCAAGCCGCUGGUAGUGACUGGGAAGAACCCAGAUGUAGUCAAGACUGUCAAGUAUAACCUGGAAAUGGUCGCUCACCCAGAAGACGAUCAACUCCGAACUUUUAAAGUUGUUGAUUUCUCAAAGGCGAGAAUCCAGCUCGCAAACUUCGAAGGACAGGCUGGUAUUGAUCGCCAUAACCGGGAUAAGAUCUACGACAUGUUCUUCCGAAUUAUAACCCACCAGUCACCGAAAUUCAACACGGUAGUUGCCUUCACCCUUAUCAAGGAAGUAAAUGACGUUUUGCUGGUAGCAGAAAAUUUGAAGGCAGUCAGUGCCGUCAAAGAUGUUCUCGAAGCCCACCUUCUUCGUCUUGGUAGCCAGCUAUGGGUUUAUGUUUCGGAGGAUCCUGACGAGUGGGCUAGCCUCGGAGGACGCAUGGAAUCGCCAUUGAUCUUUCGCGAAGCCAUGAUUCAUGUCGUCGGCAAAAUCGACGCCAAGAUCCAUAUUGAUCGCGAUCAUUACGCCCGUGAUGACCUACACAAGCGCAUCCUGUUGCUGGCUGAGGAGAAAGUCAGAGAGCUCAAGGCCAGAAAGGUUGCCUGCGAGGGUGACCUCGUCGCUUUCACUCCCGCACGUUUGAUGCACCGGGAGGAAAAUGGUGUCGUCCCAGACCGUUCCGUUUACGCCAACGACAUUUACUUCUGGCAGGCCCAUUCCUUGAUCCGGCAGUAUAUCGCCUCAGCUUUUCAUAAGAACCUUCACCAUCGCGCCAAGGAUGGAGGCUACAAGUUGUAUCGGACCCUCUACAAGGGAGGCAAUGCCUACCUUGACAUAACAAAUCUACCCCAGUUCUUCGAAGUCUUCGCGAUGUCCAGCAAGGGCAAGCGGAUCCUGGGUGAUGCCGUGCUCUCCGUCAAGCACGACCUGAAGCCGCUCCUCGACGAUUUGAUGAAGGAUCGCCGACAGAAUGGCCAUGGCGAGGAGUUGGGAUAUCUCACUUGCACUGAGAUUACCGACGAGGAGUUGCCUUGGGCCGGUAUUUGA